AUGCAGUUAUUACAAUGGGUGCACUACAAAUUUCGGCACGGUAGCAUUGAGCCUUGCAAGGAUCUCACUCAGCCAUCACUUGAUGACCAAGAUGCCUAUAUGAAGUCAAACUUUGGCUCCAGAUACGGAUCUACAUCCUUGCAGCCACCUGCAAGAGACCAAGAAAAAUCUUUUGCUGAAUCUGAAGCCAAGAGAGAAGAAGAAACAUCUGGUACCAUCUCAGAGCUGUUUCAUGGUUUUCUCACCAUUGGAACUCUUGGCUCAGAAUCAAGUAUCAAUGAGCCUGAAACACCAACUUUUGCGACGACUUUAGAGAACUUAACUCAGCAAAAAGCAGAGGUAACAGAGAACGACUUGAAGCUCAUCAGCUAUGAGCUAGAGAAGUUUCUUGAGGCUGAGACAAAGGAAGAAGGGGUCCGUGCAUCAUCAGCAAGGGACAGUAAUGCUAGCUCUAUUACACUCAGUGGCAUGCAAAUGGAGGAAUCCGAAGAUGAAGAAUACUGGACUGCAGCAUAUCCGCUCAAAGGAUAUCUCUUUGGGUCCUCAACUCAAUUACCAGAAACAACAAUGGAGGCAAAGAAAGAAAAGACAUCACUGCAAGAGCUGUUUGAUAGGACCAAAAUCACAACUGAUUAUAAGGAGAAAAGUGAGAUUGAGGAGAUAGAAGUCAAACAUAAGCAUAGAUCUGCAAUGGGGUUCAUGAAGAAGAUGAUUAAAAAAUUCCAUGCUUCUUCAAAGAGAUCUUCCCCUUCUACAGGUGGUGAUGCAACUGAUUCUGUUUCCAUCAAGAAGAAACUUGGUGAGGCAUCUGAUUCUCUUUCAACCAAGAAGAAACCCCGUAAGGUCUUACGUAUGUUCCAUAGAAGGAUCCAUCCUGAAAGCUCUAUAGCUGCUAGAGAAUCGGUCAAGUCCGAGAAAUAUGAGAAGAAGAAUAAUUCCAGUGCAGGUAGUGGUUGUAAUGAAAAUAUGAUGCUCAUGGGGGAAGACAACGGAAGGUUCCCUGACGGGGCAAGGGCAAAGGAGGGGACUGAAAAUUGUAAAAAAUUCAUGAACUUUCCCCAAUACAGGCAGAGUGGCAGCGGUUCUAGGAGAAAGGGAGAGCACUGGAUCAAAACAGAUGCAGAAUACUUGGUAUUGGAGCUGUAG